AAAUUAGCCUUCAAGCGUUCGACGGAUUGACAGCUUAGAAGAACAAUUUUUGUGGAAAAUACACAGAAUGAUAUCAAAGAAUCAGAUCCUGACAGCUAUACGACAUAUUAGGAGAGAUGGAGUGUGUUUUGGGCGUGGGCAGUGUGGGAGAAACUAUGGCACAACUGUUGUAAGGGACAUUCUCAAGCUAAAGAAACGAGGACUGUUCCAACAUAUGAUGCCAGAACUAAGUGGCCCGGAUUUGGUGAAGAAGCUAUCCUCCCCUCAGACAGUGUACUGUGGGUUUGACCCAACUGCUGACAGCUUGCAUGUUGGAAACCUGCUUGCCAUCAUCGCCUUAAUCCAUUGUCAGAGAGCUGGCCACCAGCCCAUAGCUCUGGUAGGAGGGGCCACAGGUCAAGUGGGAGAUCCUAGUGGCACUAAGAAGGAGCGUGCCAUGUUGGGGAAGGAAGUGUUGGAAGGGAACGUACAGGGUCUCAUGGAGAAUCUGGAGCGUGUCUUCACCAACCAUGCACUCUACAUCUGGCGGGAUAACAGACACCUCCCUGACGUCAAACUUAUGAAUAACCUAUCCUGGUACAGAGAAGAAAACAUUUUGACGUUUCUCACCAACGUUGGAAGACACUUCCGAAUGUCAACAAUGUUGAGAAAGGAAAGUGUUGAGUCCCGCCUUGGGACAAAGGAAGGACUGUCAUUCACAGAGUUCACAUACCAGAUCUUCCAGGCCUAUGACUGGCUACAACUGGCCAAGAAACACAACUGCUACAUACAGCUAGGAGGGAAUGACCAGCAGGGGAACAUUACAGCUGGCAUAGAGCUCAUUGACAAGGCCCUCGGGGAGAAAUGUUUCGGUCUGACUAUACCAUUAGUUACAACAUCUCAAGGUCACAAGGUGGGAAAGUCAGAGGGCAAUGCUGUCUGGUUAGACCCUAAGAAAACAACACCCUAUGAACUGUACCAGUAUUUCUUCAACGUAUCUGAGGCCGAUCUGGAGCGAUUCCUUCACUGGUUCACAUUCUUGCCUGAAGAGGAUAUCAGCCGUCUGCUCCGCGAACAUAAGCUUUCACCAGAGAAGAGAAAACCACAGAAGUUACUUGCUGAGAAAGUGUUGUUGCUGGUCCAUGGAGAGGAGGGUCUGAUUGAGGCCCAGCGAUGGACAGAUGCAUUUUUCAGCCCUGCCCCUGAGGCCCUUCUACACCUAAGUGGUGAGGACAUGUCACGGCUGUUCCACUCUGCCCCGACCACAAGUCUUAUACUAGAACAUGGCACCACACUCCUCGACCUCCUCAUGAAGAUACGUAGCUUUGACAGGGAAGUGGAUGCGGACCGUGUGACACGAGAGGGUGGGGUUUACAUAAACAAGGUGCGAGUGACUGACCCCAGCAUAGCCCUCACCCUCGGGGAACAUAUACUGCCUAACAACAUCACACUGCUUAGGAUAGGGAAAAAAUCUUACCAUGUGGUGCGGUGGAUAACGCCAAGCUGAAGGGUCGCUUAAUGUGUUCAUUUUCACUACAAUAAAUUACAGUCAUUCUU